ACGAGAACAAACGACGAUCAGCCGUAAAGCAAGGAAAGCCCCUGGGACGCGCUGUGCUGCGCGGGGUGGUAGCUCGUCUUUCAGAGCCCCUCAGGACGCGUCGCGCGCUUCUACUUAAGGAGGAGACGUCGCUGCAUCUUCCCAUCCAAGUGCGAGUCGCUUACGUUUUCUACAGCCGGCGUCAUCUGCCCGCGUAGGUCACCUGGAUCUCCGACCAUCUAGACACCGCGGAGCCUUAAUUAAUUCGCCACACAGCGCCAUGCUGCGCGCCAAACACAUGGGAUUUAAGAGCGUACGUCGCGUAGAGGUGAAAGCUGAGACUACGACGCCUGGAGAGCUGCGCGCCACCACAGACGCGUCGGGCGCCCGUGUCAGCGCCUCACGCGGUCGUCGCACGCUACCGAAGCUCGAGUUCACAGUAGACGAGGAAGGUGCCGUGCUGCACGGGCCGCAACGCGGGUCAUACCCGUUCUAUGCCUCGUCGAGCAGCAACCCAAACGCCGUCACACAGACCGACGCGCCGUUCCACACGGCGCUGGAACGGGACCUGGCCGCCAGUUUCCAGGCGCUACACAUGCGUGACUUCCCGUCACCACCUAAUAACCAAGAGGACGAAGCUGCAGAGCAGGAAAUGGAGCAACAGAACGAACAGGAACGGACAGCUGUACCUGCGCAGAUGAAGGAGUGCGUGCUGAACGACACGCGCGCCACGACACUGGCACUGAAAUAUGACAAUUCGGUGGGCAAAUUUGUUUGCGGGUCGUCCAUCGAACGGUUCUCGGGCCACACGGGAGUGUGCAGAGUACUGGGCAGUAAGAAAUACCCCGUUACUGGCCACAGUUUGAGACUGGGCGAUCUAUUGAGGAUCGGAUCCGUCGGCCUCGUCGUCUGUGAACUGAACCGCACAAAUAGCGAGGAAACAGAGGAAUCCCUGACCAACGAGCAGUACGAGUACCUUAAGGAGAAUUAUCUUAGUCUCCCGUUGCAACAAACGUUCCAUCCGACAGAAAGAUCGCCCGACAUGGAGGACAGUGGAGAACACGACGAUGAUAAGGCCAUGCGCGUCGGAGGAGACACAUCAGAUGAAGGCGAAUCGGAGGAAGAUAAGGACAGAAAAGCAGCCAGAAGAUCCAGUGGAGAGGGAGAAGACAGCGCCGAUACGCGACACAAUAAUUUGCCACUUGGAGUGGCCGGCACGACCGGCAAAAAGUUCUGCUACAUUUGCUACGAUGGAGACGAAGACCCGGAUAAUAACCCACUGGUUGCGCCUUGCCACUGCAAAGGAGACACGAAAUACGUCCAUCUGGACUGUCUGCAGCGCUGGAAUAACAAUUUGGACGCGGAUGGGACCAAUCCGAAUCAGAAAGUGUGCGCCGUUACCAAUACCGACGGCCUGGAUGUGUGCAGCAUUUGCAAGGCGACAUACUUGACGAGCGUUCGACUAGAUGACGGCCGUGUGGUGUCGCUUUUGGCUAAGAAGCUGGCACCGCCUUACGUGACGUUCGCGGUCGUCACGCAACACGAGACGCGGAAUCGAUCGACGGCGCUGACGAACACGCGCUUCCAAUUGAGCUUCGCGAAUAUGCCGCGGAACCAGCAAUUUCUGACGAUUGGCCGGUCGACCACGAACAACAUGACGCUGCGUUACCGAACGGUAUCCCAACUCCACGCGAAGGUUAAAUUCCAGGAUAACCAUUUCGUGCUCUAUGAUGCUGCAAGUUCGAAUGGCACGAUGCUGUUUCUGAGCAAACCGUUGGAAUUGGAGUGGGGGAAGCCGAUGCACGUGAAGAUUGGACGCACUAUCCUGACGAUGAAGGCGAAGAAAAAGUGGAAAUGGGCAGGAACUGGCUCUGGAGACGAAGAAGAAGAGGAAAUGGGACGCGUAUCUUCGCCUCGUAUCAACGGAGCAUCCGAUCAUCGUCUUUCAAGCCCCAACUCAGCAGCGAGGGGCAGUGGAUUUGAUAUGAGUCGUAGCAGUACCAUUAACGACCCGAGCGCUGAGCUAGUGGCUCCGUAUUCAGGACAACUACCACGGACAUACACGGCGCCCAACGUGCUGAGCUCCCGGUUGAACCGUAGCGUGCUGUCCAACUCGUUGCAUUCUAGACCAUCACGCCAGCGUUCACUGUCGAGCACUGGUCCUGUGAUGCGUGGAGAGCGCGCUGACGCCUUGUCAGCGUUCCACAUCGACGAGCUGGAGCCCGAUGAGUCGGAUACAUUCGCCACACAAGAUGUUCGAGACCCGGAGCUGCUUGCUGCGUCCUCGAUGAGUUUCCGCGAUUUCGCCGCCGAGAAUGCGUCGCCCUCAUUGACAUCUCAGCUCGCUGGUGAAGGUAGCGUCGGUACAGACGCUUAUGGUCCGACACGGGAGCUGCCAGUGCAGCGGCGCGGACUGUACGACUUGGUGGACUCGUUGUCUGAACGCGGUGCGAGUCCCAUUGUGUCGACGCUGAGUCCUGCUCCGCGGCAAGAGUAACAACUGGGUUGGUGUUGUUGCCGUUUCUCUUCCCUUAGCCUCUGGCUGAUGGCUACGGCUUUCUACUCGUAUAUUUAACCACAGAAGGAUCGGCAGGAGCACCACACGUAAACCACCUCAAAAGACUGUGCACAUUGCAUAUUGCUCAUUUUGCUCAUUUAUUACUGCAGUAUUUCAAUGUUUGAUGGCGUCGUAGCUAAAACGAACGCCGAGAGCCUUAAAAACUAAACGAGAAGUUACGUUUUAGAGUAGUUGAGCGUGUUAACACGUCAACAUCGAAAACGUAUCCGAUCGACAUCCAUAGUUUGCCCGCAAACACGUGUAGUACUACUACGUAGUCAGAUACAAUUAAUUUUUUUAGUCACUGCCUUUUAACGAAGUCGCGUCCCAC